AUGCCAUCCAAAACCAAGCAACUCACUUUUUCUUCUUGGCAAUGGACUCUUUUUCUUGUUCCUCUUCUUCUUCUUCUUCUUCUUCUUCUUCUUCUUCUGAUUGACAUUGAUGAUGAGUAUGAGAAGUUGGUCAUUAGAAUGAAUCCUCCAAGAGUGACUGUGGAUAAUGCUUCAAGCAGAAAAGCCACACUUGUGAAGGUGGAUAGUAUUAAUAAACAUGGGAGUCUUUUGGAUGUUGUUCAAGUCUUGACUGAUUUGAAUAUCACCAUCAAAAGAGCUUACAUUUCUUCAGAUGGAGAAUGGUUUAUGGAUGUUUUCCAUGUUGUGGAUGAAGAUGGUAAUAAGCUCAUUGAUUAUGAAGUUUCUGAUAAGAUUCAACAGUCAUUAGCAGCUAGAGCAUAUAGUGUUCGGUCAGUAGGCGUCGAACCGGCAUUAGAACAUACUUCGAUUGAGUUAAUUGGUAUCGACAGACCAGGUUUACUGUCGGAGAUUUUCGCCGUCUUAACAGACCUAAAAUGCAAUGUUGUUGCUGCUGAAGUUUGGACUCAUAAUUCAAGAAUGGCUUCAGUAGUAUACAUUACCGAUGAAUCAACCAGAGGACCAAUUGAGGACUCUGAUAGGCUUGCUAACAUUAGGCGGCUUCUUCGGUAUGUACUUAAAGGAAAUCGAGAUAAACGUAGCGCUAAGACGGCGAUCUCUAUCGGUGAAACUCAUACUGAAAGGAGACUACACCAAAUGAUGUAUGCAGAUCGUGAUUACGACAUUGAUAAUGUUCAAGAAGAAGUUAUUGGAUUAACAAUUAGCGAAAGAAUCAAACCGAUUGUUACCGUUGAGAAUUAUGUAGAGAAAGGAUACUCAUUGAUCAAUGUUCGGUGUGAUGACCGGCCUAAGCUACUUUUCGACACGGUGUGUACUCUGACCGAUAUGAAAUACGUCGUAUUCCAUGCUACUAUCAUUGCUGAAGGACCAGAAGCGUAUCAGGAAUACUACAUUAGACAUCUUGAUGGAUAUCCUAUUAGUUCCGAAGGUGAGCGACGACGAUUAAUUCAUUGCUUGGAGGCUGCUAUUCAAAGAAGAACUACAGAGGGAUUGAGGCUUGAAUUGUGUUGCAAUGAUAGAGUUGGCCUACUAUCCGAUGUCACUCGUAUAUUUAGAGAAAACGGUCUUUCGGUCUCUCGAGCUGAAGUAACUACUAGAGGAUCGAAAGCAGUGAAUGUGUUCUUUGUGACUGAUACUUAUGGUAAUAAAGUUCAAAGCCGAAUAAUCGAGGCGAUACGAAGUGAAAUUGGAGAGGCAAUUCUUCGAGUAAAAGACAUCACGGCGUACUCAAGGUCGAAAUCAGACAACGAGAAGUUCUCUUUCGGUACUCUUUUUCGGUCUAGAUCGGAAAAGUUCCUCUACAACUUGGGCCUCAUUAGAUCAUGCCCUUGAAAAGCAAAAGAAAUUCUCUAACUUGUCAUAGUUUUUGAAUUUUUAUAAAAAUCAAUUUCUUGUUGAUGAUCUUAACUUUUGUAAACCCACAAAAUUGGGAUUCAAUUGCUUUAAAUGACUCAAAUUUG